GCGGGGGAGGGGGGUUACGUGGUGACGUUAAUUCUAUAUGAGCGCGAGCGGCGGGAGCGCGGGUCCUUUCACCGCCGGCCGCGCGGCGCCUCCGCCUCGCUGCUCCUGAGUCACCGCCGCCCGCCGGCCGCGCAGUGUUUCAAAUCUAGCAGAAUGGCAGACGUAGACAACAAAGAACAGUCUGAACUUGAUCAGCAGGAUAUGGAAGAUGUUGAAGAAGUAGAAGAAGAAGAAACUGGUGAAGAUGCCAACAGCAAAGCUCGGCAGUUGACUGUGCAGAUGAUGCAAAACCCUCAGAUUCUUGCAGCCCUUCAGGAAAGACUUGAUGGUCUGGUAGGCACAUCUGCGGGAUAUGUAGAAAGCUUGCCUAAAGUUGUUAAAAGACGUGUGAAUGCUCUCAAGAACCUUCAAGUUCAGUGCGCACAGAUAGAAGCAAAAUUCUAUGAGGAAGUUCAUGAGCUGGAAAGAAAGUAUGCUGCUCUCUAUCAGCCCUUAUUUGACAAGCGAAGUGAAAUCAUCAAUGCCAUUUAUGAGCCUACAGAAGAAGAAUGCGAAUGGAAAGCAGAUGCUGACGAAGAAAUUUCAGAUGAAAUGAAAGAGAAAGCUAAGCUUGAAGAAGAAAAAAAAGAUGAAGAAAAAGAAGACCCUAAAGGAAUCCCUGAGUUUUGGCUGACAGUAUUCAAGAAUGUGGACUUGCUCAGUGAUAUGGUUCAGGAACAUGAUGAACCUAUCCUGAAAUACUUAAAAGAUAUAAAAGUGAAAUUUUCAGAAGUUGGACAACCUAUGAGUUUCACAUUAGAAUUUCAUUUUGAACCAAACGACUACUUCACAAAUGAAGUGUUGACAAAGACGUAUAGAAUGAGGUCAGAGCCAGAUGAUUCUGAUCCCUUUUCCUUUGACGGACCAGAAAUCAUGGGUUGUACAGGUUGCCAAAUAGACUGGAAAAAAGGAAAGAAUGUUACUUUGAAAACCAUUAAGAAGAAGCAAAAACAUAAGGGCCGUGGAACAGUCAGGACGGUGACAAAAACUGUUUCCAAUGAUUCUUUCUUCAACUUCUUCAGUCCUCCUGAAGUUCCUGAAAGUGGAGACCUGGAUGAUGAUUCCGAGGCAAUCCUUGCUGCAGACUUUGAAAUAGGUCAUUUCUUGCGUGAACGUAUAGUCCCCCGGUCUGUACUGUACUUCACUGGAGAAGCUAUUGAAGAUGAUGAUGAUGAUUAUGAUGAAGAAGGUGAAGAGGCAGAUGAUGAGGAGGGAGAAGAAGAAGCAGAUGAAGAAAAUGAUCCUGAUUAUGAACCAAAAAAGGAUCAAAACCCAGCAGAAUGCAAGCAGCAGUGAAGCAGUGUGUCUGUGGCCUUGAGGAUUACCUGCACUGUAAUAGCCUAAACACAACUAUUAGUUACUUACAGCCUUAUGUUUUGUAUCUUGGUAGAAUUAAGUAACCAAUUUGUUAAAAAAAGAAAUUGAACACUUAAGAACCAGUUUAAAAUGUAGGUUCAAUCUACCUAGCAUUUUAACAGUAUAAUUUUCUGCCAAUAUGUAGAAUGCAGUAAAUGCCCUAAAGCAUGAAUGUUAAUUCAUUGCUACAUAGUUUGGUUCUUGUGAAGUCUUUGUCAUGUAGCUAUUAGACUGCAGCUGUGAAGAUGAUCAGAACUGUUAACUGAGACCAAUAUUUGUUUAGAGAAAACUCUCCUGAAGAACCAACCAAAGUAUUUUUUCAGCCCAGUAGUCUGAACGGGUUUAAGUCUGCUUGCACUAGCUGUGCCUUCAUUACUUUGUUAUAGAAAUGGCAGUGACUUGUACUAACUCGGAGAUGAUGAUGCAUUUUGAAUUGGACUACUUGAGAAGACUAGUAUAACUCGUUUAAUUUCCCGACGAGACCACAUUAAACAUUCAUAACUGUCAGCUUGUUUAUGCUAUGGGUUUUGUAUUUUAUGUGACAUAGUGAUCUACAGAAGAAACCUAGUCAUCAUAUUAAGGUUAUUGUUUACCACAGGGGUGUGAAUAAAACCUAGUAUUUUCAGAA